CAAGGCUCCGUGGGCUUGAUCAUCUUGGCAGUGAUGGUGCCCCUGGUGCUUCUGACAGCUCUUGCAUUUUGGCUUAGGAAGCGCUGCCUUCCAGGAGGAGAUCCCCUUCAAAAUGAUCCACAGCUCAUCCUUCUACAACCAUUCCUGGGUGAAAAUUCAGAACUCUGCUUGGUUGGAUGACUUGCAGACUCAUGGCUGGGAAACCAACUCUGGCAGAAUUAUUUUCCUGCGUCCUUGGACCAAGGGCAACUUGAGCAAGGAAGAGAUAAAAGGACUGGAAGGAUUCUUCCAUAGGUUCUCCAUUCUAAUGCCUCAAGUAAUUCACAGACAUGCCAGUCAAUGGAAGUUUAAAUAUCCCUUUGAGAUUCAGAUUACAUUAGGAUGUGAGCUGAACCAUGGGGGAGCCAUAGUAGGCAUCUAUGGAUUCGCUUAUCAAGGAUCAGAUCUCCUGCAAUUCCAGAACAAUUCAUGGCUACCAACUGCAAAGGGUGGAACAAGAGCUCAGGAUGUGAGCAGAGUAUUCAAUCAGUACCAUGUCACCAAGAGUGAAGUACAGAGCAUUCUAAGUGACACCUGCCCACGUUUCCUCUUGAGUAUCCUUGAUGCAGGGAAGGCAGAUCUCCAGAGACAAGUAAAACCAGAGGCAUGGCUGUCCACUGGCUCCAAGCCUGGUCCUGACCAUCAGAUGCUGGUUUGCCAUGUCUCUGGCUUCCAUCCAAAGCCAAUUUGGGGAAAGUGGAUGCGAGGUGAACACCUACAACAGGGCACUCAACAAAGUGAUAUCUUGCCCAAUGCUGAUGAGACAUGGUACCUUCAGGUUUUCCUGGAUGUGGAAGCCACUGAGACAUCUGGCCUAUAUUGCCGGGAGAGACAUAGCAGCCUAGGAGGCCAGGACAUCCUCCUCUACCUGGAACAUCAUCAAGGCUCCGUGGGCUGGAUCAUCUUGGCAGUGAUGGUGCCCCUGGUGCUUCUGACAGCUCUUGCAUUUUGGCUUAGGAAGCGCUGGUCACACUGUAAGCCGCCUGCCAGUCUUCUUCCUUUGGAAUGAGAUCCAGCAGCC